AUGAGAACACACACAGGUGAAAAACCAUUUAAUUGUUCAGUUUGUGGCAAAAGCUUUUCUCAAAAUGUCAAUUUGACUCAACACAUUCGAACACACUUAGGUGAAAAACCUUAUGAGAACACACAUGGAAAACCAUUUAAUUGUUCAGUUUGUGGCAAAAGUUUUUCUCAAAAUAGCAUUUUGACUCAACACAUGAGAACACACACAGGUGAAAAACCAUUUAACUGUUCAAUUUGUGGUGAAAACUUUUCUAUUAAGAACCGUUUGACUGAACACAUGAGAACACACACAUGUGAAAAACCAUUUAGUUGUUCAGUGUAUUGUAAAAUGUUCCAACAUAAAGCUGUCACAGUAAAACACAUAAGAACACACACAGGUGAAAAACCAUUUAGUUGUUCAGUUUGUGGCAACAGCUUUUCUGUUAAGAGUAAUUUGACUCAACACAUGAGAACACACACAGGAGAAAAAACAUGUAAUUGUUCAGUUUGUGGCAAAAGCUUUUCUGUUAAGAGUAAUUUGACUGAACACAUGAGAACACACACAGGUGAAAAACCAUUUAAUUGUUCAGUUUGUGGCAGAAGCUUUUCUCAAAAUAGCUGUUUGACUCUACACAUGAGAACACACACUGGAGAAAAACCAUUUAGU